AUGCCUGGAGAGUUGGAGGAAGAGAAGGUGGAGCGCUUUGGCAGGGAAGCGCCGCGGGCAAAGGACGCAUCUUGCACCAGCCGCCUCUUCCCCUUGCAAGACGCCGCCCGGACAAGCAAUGCCUGGUCUCCCCGGGCUUUGCGCUGCUGCGCCUCCUCCCUCUCCACCUUUUCCAGCAACAGGAGCAGCCUCUCCCAGGCCUGGACCUGCAAGGGCGCGCUCUUGCAGAAGUUGCUGGGCAAGGCAGAGAGCAAAAGCAAGCAGGCAGGGAGCCGGUGCACGGAGCCUGCCGCUCGCCUUGCCCCGUGGCGGCCGGGCCACAACAGCAGCCGCGACGCCGUGCUCGGCCGAGGGGAGGCGCUGCGUUUGGAGAGCUCGGCCACCUUGCGUUCCUUGGUCAUCAGGAAUGGAGGGAUCUUAGUCUUUGCAGAUGAUCCAGAGCAGCCCAUCACCUUACGGGCUCGGAGCAUCCUCUUGGAGGAUGGGGGGGCUCUGUACGUGGGCACCGAGAGCUGCCCCUACCGUUCCAAAGCGGUGAUCUCUCUGUACGGCAAAGCCACAGAAGGCGACGAGGUGGAAGGCUACGGCAAGAAAUUCCUGGGCGUGGGCAGAGGUGGGAUUCUGGAGUUGCACGGCAGGAAGCCGCGAUCUUGGACGCUGCUGGACAAAACCUUGUACCCCGGCGGCCUUCGGUACGGCCCUUACGCUUCGGAGAAGCACUGGAGCAGCCGGGGCCUCAACAUCCGGAUCGUCAACGCGGACACAGCCCGGGUGGUGGCUGCCAAUCGCUUCGACACCCACCUCCUGGUGGAUGAAAACCGGAGGUUACGGGAAUUUCUUUCCCGUCAGCCCCCGGGCACAGCGGUAGCCAUCGCGGUGGGGGAUUCUGCGGCCAAGAGCUUGACCUUAGAGACCCGACUCUUUCUCAGAGAUCUGCUCCACAGUGAAUUCAUCCUGCACCUGGGGUACAGGCAGCCGUGGGCUCUGGUUGGGAUCCUUGGAGGCCACCCACCUUCGACAGUGGAGGAUGCAAAGCCCUCGCAAGGGAACGGAACGACUGGGCUGGCGAUCGCAGUGAAAGGCUUUCAGACCUACGAUGGUGUCCGCUUUAGGAUCACCGCUUUUAGCGGUUGGAAGAAGGGAGUGCCCCACCAUGGAUUUAAAGUAGAAGUGUCCGAGGGCGUAAUUUUGGAUUUGGCGGAUGAAGUGACGAGUUGGUUACCUGGAGACAGGAUUGUUGUCGCGAGCACCGACUAUUCCAUGCAUCAAGCGGAAGAGUUCGACCUUCUGCCGUGCCCUGAAUGUCAGAGUCAUCAAGUGAAGAUUGAUGGAAGUCCACUUUACCUUCAUAUGGGCGAAAUUGUAGAUGGUGUGGACAUGAGAGCAGAGAUUGGCCUCUUGACUCGAAAUAUUCUUAUCCAAGGAGAGAUGGAGGAUGCUUGCUAUGGGCCGAACCACUGCCAGUUUUUCAAUUUUGACACAUUCGGCGGGCAGAUUAAAAUCCAAAGGAAUUUCACCUCGGUCCACAUAGCUGGCGUGGAGCUGAAAAACAUGGGCCAGCAAAUCUUGGGGAGCUAUCCUGUGCAUUUUCACCUGACAGGCGACGUGGAUGAGAAAGGAGGCUACGACCCACCGUCGUACCUGGAGAACCUGGCCAUCCAUCACUGCUUCUCGAGGUGUGUUGCCAUCCAUGGAGCCCAUGGCCUUUUGGUGAAAGAUACCGUUGGCUACGACACCCUGGGACAUUGUUUUUUCUUGGAAGACGGGACUGAGCAGCGAAACACCUUUUAUCACAACCUAGCUCUCCUUACCAAGGCUGGCACCAUCUUGCCCACAGACCGCGACGAAGCCAUGUGCCUUGCGAUGCGUAGUAACGUCUAUGGCGAUUACGUGCCCAUACCCAGCACAGAUUGCAUGGCUGUCAGCUCCUUUUGGAUCGCUAACCCGAACAAUCACUUAAUAGAGAAUGCAGCAGCUGGCGCUCAGGACGUUGGAAUGUGGUUUAUCUUCCACCGGGUUCCUACUGGGCAUUCGGAGGAACAGUAUCCAGCGGGGCUGUCAGAACUGACUCCUUUGGGGAAGUUCUACAACAACAGAGUCCAUUCCAACUUUAAGGCUGGUCUGUUUAUUGGCAAAGGCGUCAAGACGACAAAAGCCAGCGCCGCAGAUCCAAGGGAGUAUCUGACGGUGGAUAACGCCAGGUUCCGCCCACACCAAGAUGCCGAUGCCGAAAAGCCGCGGGUCCCGGCCGUGAUUGAUGGCCUUGUUGCUUUUAAAAAUAACGACCACGGGGCCUGGGCCCGGGGAGGCGACAUUGUUUUCCGUAACUGCGGUUUCUCAGACAAUGGGAUCGGACUCACACUUGCUAGCGAUGGAACGUUCCCUGUAGAUGAAGGCUGCAGCCUGGAAGUGACCCAUUCUGUCUUCGUUGGAGAAAGUGACAAUGUCGGCUCCCAAAGAGGACAAAACCGCUACUGGGGGAGAGGAGCCAAAGGGGAAUACAGGACGCUGCCCCGAAACAAGACUUUUCCAAUCCGCGGCUUCCAGAUAUACGACGGCCCACUCCGACUGACAAGAUGCACUUUUAGAAAGUUUAUCCCCACCACCGACAGACAUUCGAGCGCCAUCGGCUUCUUCAUGAAGAACGCUUGGCAGAUGAGCCCUCAGAACAACGUGUCGCUGCUGAGGAUGGAGAGAAGCGUUGGGCUGCGGGUGUUCUUUGGCACACCGGGCGAGUGGUUUGGAGACCACGACAACGACGGGGACAAAAUCUCAAUUUUCCACGAUUUGGAUGGUUCCGUGACGGGGUAUCCUGGCACCUUUGUGGGAAGAGCAGACAACUAUCUGAUUCGUCAGCCCGGCUGCCUUACUGUCCCACGGUGGAAUGGAAUUAUAUGCUCUGGGAGAUAUGCACAGCUCUAUGUUCAGGCCAGAUGUCCCGAGAAUCUGACCUUAUCGAUCGCCAGAGCGACGUACCAUUCCCAUCCUCUGAGGCUACGCGGAGUGCAUCGAGGGGUCUCAUACCAACAGUACCAACCGGUGGUGAUGCUGGGUCAAUCGUAUAUCGUCCAGUGGGAUGGCAGAGCCCCAGAGGAGGUCAUUCUUUACCUGGUCAACUUCCACAGGGGAGACUGGCUGCACGUUGCCCUCUGCUACCCGAAGGGAACAGUUUUCAGCGUUGUGGGGGAUCUUUACCAGCGACAGACAGGGAGAGCGCACAGUGUGAAACGCUACGCAGCCGCCUCUUCCCGCCACAGCAUGCUGAACGGGGCUGGUGAACGGCGCUUUUAUUUCGACACCACAACAGGAUACCUGUUUGUCCACCUUGAAGCACAUGAAGUCCGCAAGGGACACAGCUAUUGCUCUCAACGUGGCUGCGAGCGUGUUAAAAUAACGGCCUCGAUGACCUCCGGGCUUCCCUGGAAGUGUUCCCCGAACCCUUUCCGGGGAAACGACAUCGGGAAGCAAACUUGGCGGCCGUCGCGGAUUCUGCAACGGACAGCGCCUUGCACUGAGUGCGGGGCUCCUCAGGUUGCUGUCACCAGUACUCCUUCAGUUAAAUAUGCUCGGGUCCAGAUCCAGUCGGUCAAAAGAGCUGAUGUAGAGAAUUACUCUCGGCCGGCUUUUAUUAAGGUCAACGAAGACGUGGUCUUGUUCCGCAGCCGGGGGUGGCUCUUCCUGGUUCUGGACGAGUGCUCCGGCACCGUUGUGAGCAAGCGGCACUUUGAGCCGACCGGCGCUGCAAAGGUUGCCAGCGGGGUCACCGGUUAUGCCGAGGCCUCCAUCAAAGAGAGACGCUUUCGAGACCGAGCGAGAGUUCCCGGGCGCUGGAGGUUAACGGGCGCGGGCCAGGGUUUGGGCUUUGCGGAUGGGCUGCUUUACGCCACCAAUGUGCUGCACCUGCUGGAUUUCAGUCUGCGGGACAGUGGUUAG